UUGUUUAAGGAAAAUCAUAAUUCUUCAUGGUAUCAGAGCCAUAAUUUUCAAAACCCUAACCCUACUUCUCUCCCUCUCUCUCGGCGUGCUCUCCUCCUCCAGCCGCACAGCCGCCGCCACCUUUCUCCCUCGGUGGUCUGUCCUCGGCAAACACACAACCCCAACGUCGGCGAACCCCCCUUCCUCCCUCGACAUGGCUUGCUCCGACAAAAAUACAGAAAAUUCAACCUCCUCCUCCUCCAAUCCCCCUCAUCUAGCUUUCACCACGAUCUCCAACGUCAAGCUUCAUGUCCCGAUCCAGCUGAGCUUCUCUCAGCCCAAUUACAAAAAGUGGAGCCGGCUUUUUCUUCUCCUAGUGCGCCGGUUUACACUCCACAGUUUUCUCUCGGGUUCUUCGUCUCCCUCCUCUACCGAUGAUCAUGAAUGGUACCAGCUUGACGCCCUGCUCCAAGGGUGGAUUCUCUCUACUAUUUCUGACGAAGUCUCAGAUCUGGUCAUCUCCACCACCUCCACUGCAGCUGAAUUAUGGUGGGUUAUUCAUGCACUUUUUCAUGAUAACAAGCAUGCUCAGGCGAUGCAACUCGAGCACCAGUUCCGAACCACUGUCAAAGGUACGAUGACCAUGGCUACGUACUGUCAAACCCUGCGGAACAUUGCCGAUUGGUUGGAUGACGUCGAUGCCCCGGUCUCUGAGUCUCAACUCGUGCUUCAAAUGCUUCGGGGGCUACCCGAAGAUCUCCAGGCUCAGACAUCAUUCCUUCAAUUCCAACAACCGCUGCCCAAAUUUCUUCAGACUCGAUCCGCCCUCCUGCUCCUAGAUCGGAAACGGAAAAACAUCGCGGACGACGCCGGGACGGCCCUCCUGGCCGACCGAACCAGGGGCCCACAUUAUGGCACCAGCAGUGGCGGCUUCGGGCGUGGCAGUGGAGGGCCUGGCAGCGGGCCCAGUAGCGGCAGUGGCGGCCGCGGACAGUAGGGGCGCAACUCCGGUCGUGGUGGAGGCGGCCGUGGACGUGGAUGAGGAAGAAACUCUGGCUUGCAAC